GCCAUUUUUGCACAGCCGUAGAACAGAACGUAGAAAAAUAUUGCAGCGCGAGCCACGUUACAGCGCCGCAACGCAUUUAAUUAAAGCAUAUAUAUUUAAUAUAACGUUUUAUCAAUAAUAUAGACUAAACGGUACCUACAAUGGCCAUGGCCGAGCAUGAUAACGUUUUUAUUUUCGUGCCGAAUCUGAUUGGUUAUGCACGCAUUAUUUUGGCCAUUAUUGCGUUUUGGUUUAUGUCCACGAACUAUGUGAUCGCCGGCUGGUGUUAUAUAAUUAGUGCACUACUGGACGCUGUCGAUGGACAUGCCGCCCGGGCCUUCAAUCAGAGCACGCGCUUUGGCGCUAUGCUGGAUCAGCUGACGGAUCGAUGUGGUACAACGGGUUUGCUUGUUACCCUGGCCUACUUUUACCCGAAAUAUAUGUUCUGGUUCCAGCUGUCGAUCGCCAUUGAUGUCGCCUGCCAUUGGCUCUAUAUGCAAACGAGCGUUAUCGUUGGACGUGUCUCGCACAAGGUGAACGACAACUUUGUAAUGCGUAUCUAUUACCAGAAGGAUGUGCUCACCUUCAUGUGCUGCGUGAAUGAGCUGUUCUACGUUUGCCUCUAUCUAUUGCAUUUCACCUAUGGACCUUUGAUAUUUGGCGCUUCGCUAUUUAAAAUUUUGGCUUUCCUCACGGGCCCCUUCGCUGUGCUGAAGGCUUUGAUCUCUGUGAUGCACGCCUAUGUAGCUGGCAUCGAUUUGGCAGGAGUGGAUGCGCGUGAACGCCAGGAGAAGCGUCUCAAUCCGGAAAUCCAAAACUCUGGCAAAAAGUUGGAAUAAACCAAAAAAAAAAAAAAAAAAA